AUGUUUACACGUUCUUUUCUCAGACCCGCUACAAGAGCAUGGACGGUUCAGGCUAAACGUUAUUAUGCAAUAUCGGCCAAGCAAUUGGACUUACUUUCCAAUCACGUCGAUAAAGUCGAUCCUGAGAUGAAUGAACUUCUGAAGGAAGAAAGACAGAGACAGAAGAAAUCGAUCACUUUGAUUCCCUCUGAGAAUUUCACCUCUGAAGCUGUUAUGGACUUACUUGGAUCUGAGUUGCAAAACAAGUACUCUGAAGGUUAUCCCGGAGAGAGAUACUACGGUGGUAACGAGAUCAUUGAUAAAGUCGAGUCAUUGUGUCAGAAGAGAGCUUUGGAGGCCUACGGCUUAAAUCCUGAUAAGUGGGGCGUUAAUGUUCAGGCCUUGUCUGGUGCUCCUGCCAAUCUAUAUGCAUAUUCUGCUGUGAUGAAUGUUGGAGACAGAUUAAUGGGUCUUGACCUUCCUCAUGGUGGGCAUUUGUCUCACGGUUAUCAAACUAAAUCCCAUAAGAUUUCCUUUGUAUCUAAAUAUUUCCAGACGAUGCCUUAUAGAGUCGAUGAGACUACUGGCUUGAUUGAUUAUGACAUGUUGGAGAAAACAGCCACCCUUUUCAGACCAAAGAUCAUUGUUGCUGGUGCCUCUGCAUAUCCAAGGAUUAUCGAUUAUAAGAGGAUGAAGCAGAUAGCUGACAAGGUUGGUGCUUAUUUAAUGUCCGAUAUGGCUCAUAUAUCUGGUAUGGUUGCUGCCGGUGUUACAGAUUCUCCAUUCCCAUACUCUGAUAUUGUCACAACUACCACCCACAAAUCCCUAAGAGGCCCUAGAGGUGCUAUGAUCUUCUUCAGAAAGGGUAUAAGAAGAGUCACCAAAAAGGGAAAGGAAAUUCCUUACGAUUUGGAGGAUAAGAUCAACUUUUCUGUUUUUCCUGCCCACCAAGGAGGUCCCCAUAACAACGUCAUUGGUGCCUUAGCUGUUGCAUUGAAGCAGGCUAUGACUCCAGAGUUCAAGGAAUAUCAAGAGAAUAUUGUUAAAAAUGCCUCUGCCUUUUCCGACUCCCUUAACAAGAAAGGCUUUGAUAUGGUUACUGGUGGUACCAACACUCAUUUGAUUUUGAUUGAUUUAAGAUCUAAGAACAUUGAUGGGGCUAGGGUUGAAGCCGUUCUAGAGAGAAUGAACAUCGCUGCCAACAAAAACACCAUUCCAACUGAUAGCUCAGCCAUGUUCCCUAACGGAUUGAGAGUUGGAACUCCUGCUAUGACAACCAGAGGCUUCAUGGCUCCUGAGUUUGAUAAAGUCGCCGAGUUCAUUGACCGUGCCGUGCAAAUAGCUGUUGAUUUGAAGAGUAAAGAGCAAGGUGGAAAAGCCAAGGAAAAAUUGGCCAACUUCAAGAAAUUGGCAGAUUGUGAUCCUAGAAUCAAGGCCUUGGACGCUGAAGUCGUUACCUUUGCCUCUGAGUACCCUAAUCCAGGAGAUCAUUGA